ACAAGUGGGUGUGGCUUCACAGCUCUUGGCAGCAUAGCCCAGCUGUCCCAGCAGAAAGCAUGAGGUUCAGUAAUACAAGGAACCUUCACUCCAGCCUUUAAAACCUCACACUUUCCACACUCUGCUCCCUCAAAACAUCUUGUGACCACUGGUCACUCAGGUAAGGUUUAAACCCGAGUUUAGUCAUAGUUUUUGCUUGGCUGGGGGUCUGCCGCCCCCCGAGGCCUCAGAGUGAGGAUGCACUCCAGCCAGAAGGACACAACCUUCACCAAGAUCUUCGUUGGAGGCCUGCCCUACCACACCACUGACUGCAGCCUGAGGAAGUAUUUUGAGGUGUUUGGGGAGAUAGAUGAGGCGGUGGUCAUCACGGACAGACAGACGGGGAAGUCCAGGGGCUAUGGGUUUGUGACCAUGGUCGACCGGCCGGCUGCAGAGAGAGCCUGCAAAGACCCCAAUCCCAUCAUAGACGGAAGGAAGGCUAACGUUAACCUGGCCUACCUGGGGGCCAAGCCUCGGAUAUUACAGCCAGGUUUCUCAUUUGGCGUCCCUCAGAUACACCCAGCAUUUCUUCAAAGGCCUUAUGGAGAUAGUGAAGAUGAUCAAACCCCGUUACAAUGCCCAUCCCCUUUCCGCCAGCUCAUGAGGAUUCCUGCUCAUUACGUGUACCCCCAGGCCUUCAUCCAGCCCAGUGUGGUCAUCCCUCAUGUCCAGCCUUCACCUGCGUCUACUCCCACCGCCACCGCCGCCGCUGCUUCUGCCGCCGCCGCCUCUCCGUUCCUGGACUACACCAGUGCUGCUUACGCCCAGUACUCCACCGCCUACGACCAGUACCCAUACGCUGCGUCUCCUGCUGCAGGCUACCUCACCACUGCUGGCUACAGCUACGUCCAGCAGCCAUUAGCUUCACCAACACCUGCGGCUGCGGCGGCGGCAGCUGCAGCUUUUAGCCAGUACCAACCACAGCAACUACAGACUGACCGCAUGCAGUGAGGGGGCGUGGUCAUGUUUGGUACCUGAUGUUGGAUUCAGUAGUUUAGCAAUGAAGCUAUAAGGCUAAUGUUGUUAAGUUAUGAGAGCUAACACUACGCCAAUUAGCAUGGUGCUAACUCAUCACACGCUCUCCUCAAUCUCCAUAAAACACUUACAGGAACGUCCUGAGAGUCCUGAGGAGGUUUAUAUGGUAUAUAGGGUUAUGUAUGUGUGCUAUUAGGCAGAAUAUGUCUUGAACACAGGUCAAAGAGAAAUUAGCAGCAGAUGGUUGCUCUCGGUUUUAACGUUAAAGUGUGUCUCUAUUUAAGUGUGAUGUAUUUUUAGUUUUUAAUCUCCUGUGUGUGACAAAGGAGUUAAUAAAUGACAAAUGGUGUUCAGUUUUAUACUUGAGUAGUUUAUUAUAAGAAUACCUGUUGGAAAUAAAAUAAUAUGAUAAUGUGA